AUGCGCGCGCGCUUAUUCUUUUUCCCCUCGUCGGCCGCCAUCAUGGGCGGCUGCUGCUCUUCUCAGGUGGAUGGCGACGCCGGAGAUCGCUCCGAAAGCCAUCUCCUCGAGGACCCGCCGCGCCAGCCGUCGCCCGACUCGACGGCGUUGAGGGACCUGCCGCCUUCGCCCACCGUGUUGGAACGCUUGCCGCCGCGAUCUCCCGGUCGCAUGGAUGACGCUGAGAAGCAGACGUCGCCGCCGCAAGACGGACGCGAGGCGGGCACGCUCAAGCCAAAGUACAUGACACUCGGCCAGCUGAAGCGCGCGCUGCGCCAGCGCGGCGAGCAGCCCGCCGAGGGGGCGAGCAAAGAGGCGCUGCAGGCGCAGCUGAGCGCGUUGCUAGGGCUCGACCCGUCGGGCUUCUCUGCGGCGGCGGCCGAGGCGGACCGGGCCGCCGUGCAGAAGAAGGAGGCGUUCGAGGCGCGGCGCGCGGCGGCCGAGCAGGCGCUGCAGGCCCAGGCGGCGACGAGGAAGCGCACGGAGGGGUCGCUCGAGCUCGCCGGCAUACGAGUGGCGACGGGCGGCGGGGAGGUGGCCGGCGGCGAGAGCGCCCAGGAGGGCGAGCUGUGCGCCGUCACCAUGAGCCGCCCAAAGGGCGGCGCGUCGCGCCGACCGCCGACCCGCAAGCCUCCCGGAGCGGCCCGGGAGGGCGGCGGGCUCAACGUAGGGUAG